CAAGAAUCAAAGUUUUAUUUUAUUAUUUUUCUCUCUCUAUUUUCUCUCUCAUUGUCAACAAUGAAAAAAUACAGCCGUUGCAGAGCUAUGGAGUCCCAAAGAAUCAAAGCAAGACCAGACGGAAUGAACUGAAGAUUAGACUCCAGAUUUUCUGAAACUCCUUUUAGUGUCUCUGGUACGCUCUGAUCUUUUUUCUUUAUCUGUUUUUGUAAACCAUGUCGAAAGAGAGAGAUCUUUCUGAUGGUGUCUAUGGAGGAGAUAGCUCUCUGACCAAGCUCACAAACAACAUUUCUGAGCAAAAUCUGGAAAACCCAGAUGAUAAUAUAGGAUUUUCCGAUAAGGGUAUCGAUUUUAUGAGGGAUUCAGAGAUGGGCCGUGAUGGGUCGAAACCCUCAAAACCCGGGAUUUCUGGCUCCCAGGAGCUUACCCUGAGCUAUCUCUGUGAAAAUUCCAAGUUGGGUUUUCCCGAGAAAGAGAUUCCUGGGAAAAUUUUACUGAAUUCCUUUGAGAAAGUGAGUUACAAAGGAAAAGAAGUGGUUCCUGAGUAUCAAAGUCAAGAUAAUAAUAGGUGGGUAGAGAGAGACUUUUUACAAUUGAAUGAAAUUAGGGGGAAUUCAUCGAAGCGAGAGAUCAAGGACGAAGAAAAUGAGGGAGAGAAUAGAGACAAGAAGCCAAAACUAGAGACUCUUAAUCUUUCUCUAGCUUUGCCUGAUGUAUCACUCUCUCUAGCUGCAUCCAAUCCGGUACAAAAUGUGGAUCCCCCGCCUCGCCUGAGGCCUAGUCGGAGUGUACAGUCUUUGGCACCAUCAAAUAAUAACACCCAAACUACAUACUCAAAUGAUUUCACGGCGGCUUCCCUGUCGUAUUCAUAUUCACACCCAUUUUCACAUAAUCCAAGUUGCUCACUCACCAGAAAUUCGACUGAGAAUUAUGAGUAUUCAGGGGGGAGCCAGAGGAGAGAGUGCGAUCAAAUUUGGAACUGUGGGGAGGGGACUAAUGGAUCAGUUCAUAGUCGAUUUAGGCCGAUUGGAGACGGUGUUGCUUUGUCCAAUCACGGUGGUGGAAUUUUCCCAUUGAUGCAAGGUAAUCGUCCCGUGAAUAAGGAUUCAUGUAACAGUCUCCACCUAACAACAAGCUCAGAUAACCAUUCAUUCUUCCCGUCUGAAUUGCCUGCAAGGCCUAGGAUGGACACUCAAUCUGGCGAUUCAAGAGGAAAGGGUUCUGAGCACAUGAGAGGUUCGGAUAAUUUAGAUGGAGGGAGAGCUCGUAAGCUGUCUAGACCGGAGAGGAUUCUUCGAGAACUCGUUUCAGAGUCUAUUCCUGUCAUGGCUCAAAUAGUUCAAGAGCUUCCUGAUGAAACCUUGGAGUCCACAAAAGAAUACUUGAAGAAUCUGAUUGCGGCACCUGAAAAGAAAGACGAAUUAGUGGGCCUCCAGAAGAGACUCGAGAGAAGAUCUGAUCUUACCAAUGAGACCCUCUCAAAGUCCCAUAAAAACCAGCUGGAGAUAUUGGUUGCAAUAAAAAUGGGUCUUGGAAGCUUCUUAUCUGCCAAAGUUCGCCUUUCCACAACUGAACUGGUGGAGAUAUUUUUACUUGAUAGAUGUCGAAAUGUAAAUUGCAAGAGAUUAUUACCUGUUGAAGACUGUGACUGCAAGAUUUGCUCAACAAAAAAGGGAUUUUGCAGUGAGUGCAUGUGUCCAGUCUGUUUGAACUUCGACUGUGCCAACAACACUUGCAGUUGGGUUGGAUGUGAUGUCUGUUCCCAUUGGUGUCAUGCUGCCUGUGGCAUUCAGAGAAACCUAAUAAAGCCAGGUCCCAGCUUAAAGGGGCCGUUGGGGACAACUGAGAUGCAAUUUCACUGCCUUGGGUGUGGUCAUGCUUCGGAAAUGUUUGGCUUCGUUAAGGAUGUGUUUAUGUCUUGCGCAAAGGACUGGGGUUUAGAAAUCCUGAUAAAGGAGCUUGAUUGCGUUAGGAAAAUCUUUCGAGGAAGUGAAGAUUUUAAAGGAAAGGAGCUGCAAAUAAAGGCAGAUGAGAUGCUCUCCAAGCUCGAAAGUAAAAUGAUGUCUCCUUCAGAUGUCUGCAAUUUCAUCUUUAAGUUUUUCAAAUACACAGAUGGCAUGUCAGACUUUCCAGCUUCCAGUAUUGCUUCGAAAGACAUGACAGCAACUCAAGCUAGCCUUAGGAAAGAUGCACCCCCUCUUCCACCACCCAAUGCUCUCCCUCCAAAAUCUUCCUUUUACAACAUGAGCUCUUCAAGUGGAAGGCGGGACUUAUUGCCAAAUAAUCUCCACCACAACGAUCUGAAAGCUUCCGUACCAGGUGAUAAAAUGAUUGAAGAUGAGUGGUCUGUGAAGGCAGGGAAAAAAGAUGGAUUUGACAGCUUGGAAAGCAUUGUGCGGAUUAAGGAAGUAGAAGCGAGAAUGUUCCAGACCCGAGCAGAUGAAGCACGAAGAGAAGCAGAGCGGUACAGGCGCAUGGUUCGAAUGAAGAGUGAAAAAUUGGACGAAGAGUACGCUGAGAAGCUUGCCAAACUGUGUUUGCAGGAAACCGAGGAACGACGGAGGAAAAAGCUGGAGGAGCUUAAGAUUUUGGAGAAUUCGCACUGCGAUUACUAUAAUAUGAAGAUGAGAAUGCAAGCUGAGAUUGCAGGCUUGCUGGAGAGAAUGGAGGCCACAAAGCAGCAGUGGGUGUAGCCAUUCAAUUCUUCCCCUAUUUCUUCUAAUGACAUUGAUUGCCAUCAGAUAAGUGAUGAUGUGUAUUUUGUGUAAGUUUGACAUUUUGGAUUCUGUUUGUUUCUUCUAGUGGAAUUUGAAUGUUUAUUUAAGUGGUAAGUUCCCAAA